CCCGAGCGGCCAUGGUCGCCACCCGCGGCUCGCCCGGUGCGGGGUCCGAGGCCCGGGCUGCCGCUGCCAGGGCUCUCUCCGGAGCGAGGCGGCAAGCAAAGGCUGCCAAGAGGAAACAGCAAGCGUCCAGCGCGGCUCCCCCAGCAAAACGAAGGAACGACACAUCGCUGCUCCCAGCCGGGAAGACUGCUGUCAGAGACGCCGAACGGGCUCUUAGGAGGCGUGCACACAAGGUGUUUUCUCCCAGGAAGUGUUCAGUUAGCACGGGUGAUGACAACCGGGAGGAGAAACCGUGCAUUAAGACUUCGUCGUUGUUUAAAAACAACCCUGAGAUCCCAGAGCUGCCCAGACCUGAGGUGCAGCAGGUGCGCGAGACGGUGUUCACUCCCGACACGUUCCAGGAGCUGGGCCUCCACCCACACCUGAUUUCCACAAUAAAUACAGUUUUUAAAAUGUCUAGUAUGACCAGUGUUCAGAAGCGCAGCAUCCCUGUGUUGCUGGAAGGCAGAGAUGCUCUGGUGAGAUCCCAGACGGGCUCAGGGAAAACUCUUGCUUAUUGCAUCCCUGUGGUUCAGUCUCUUCAAGCAAUGCCAUCAAAAAUACAGCGCAGCGAUGGCCCCUAUGCUCUGGUGAUAGUGCCGACGCGAGAGCUGGCUCUGCAGAGCUUUGACACCGUCCAGAAGCUACUUAAGCCUUUUACCUGGAUCGUGCCCGGAGUGUUAAUGGGAGGAGAGAAGAGAAAGUCAGAAAAAGCCAGACUUCGCAAAGGAAUAAACAUCCUUAUCUCAACCCCCGGCCGCCUGGUGGAUCACAUCAGAUCCACAAAGAACAUUCAUUUUAGCCGGAUCUGCUGGCUGGUUUUGGAUGAAGCAGACAGAAUCUUGGAUUUGGGUUUUGAGAAGGAUAUCACAGUGAUACUCAACGCUGUUAAUGCCGAGUGCCGGAAGCGACAGAACGUCUUGCUGUCGGCAACGCUCACAGAAGGUGUGACACGGCUGGCUGACAUCAGUUUGCACAAUCCAGUCAGUGUUUGUGUCCUGGACGAAAGCCAUGACCAGCGUAACCCAGAGGGCAAAGCGGUGCAGGAAGUCGGUCCUCCACAGCCUGGUUCCCGGCCGGAUGGCUUUGCGAUCCCAGAGAGUCUGGAUCAGCACGUGACACUGGUUCCCAGCAAACUGAGGCUUGUCUGCCUGGCAGCCUUCGUCCUACAGAAGUGCAAGUUUGAGAAAGACCAGAAGAUGAUCGUCUUUUUCUCGAGUUGCGAGCUGGUGGAGUUCCACUACCACCUCUUCCUUCAGACCCUGGCGAGUGGCUCAGGGGCCCCGGCCUCGGGGCCGUCACCAUCUGCCUGCACGCGAUUAAAAUUCCUGCGGCUUCACGGCAACAUGGAGCAGGAGGAGCGGACAGCGGUGUUUCAGGACUUCGCCCGAUCCAGGACAGGCGUCCUGCUCUGCACGGAUGUCGCAGCUCGAGGCUUAGAUCUCCCUCAGGUCACGUGGAUUGUUCAGUACAACGCUCCGUCUUCACCUGCAGAAUACAUCCACCGCGUUGGAAGAACCGCCCGGAUUGGCUGCCGCGGGAGCAGCCUGCUCAUCUUGGCUCCUUCGGAGGCAGAAUAUGUCAACUCCUUGGCUUCUCACAAAAUCAAUGUCUGUGAGGUUAAGAUGGAAGACAUUUUGUCUGUUCUGACAAGGGAUGACUGCUUCCAAGGGAGAGGACGGGGGAAUCAGAUGAGUGGCGGCUGUAGGAUCCAGGCCCAGACUCGGGGACGUGCAGCCCAGCGCCUUUUCUGCUGUAUCGUAAAAUCCCAUGCUGGUGGCCCCCAGGAAACCCGCGCUCGAGCCACAGUCCUGCAGACGGUGUUUGAAGAUUACGUGCACUCCAGUGAGAGGACGGUCUCCUGGGCAAAGAAAGCUCUGCAGUCUUUCAUCCGUGCUUACGCCACCUACCCCCGGGAGCUGAAGCACAUCUUCCACGUCCGAUCCCUCCACCUGGGGCAUGUGGCCAAGAGCUUCGGGCUCAGAGAUGCCCCCAAAAAUCUCAGUGUCUCGGCUGGAAAGAAGAGGAGAGCCGGCGUGAAGAGGCCUGCCCUCGGGAAGGAGACCCAGAGCAAACGCCGCCGCCUGGCUGAGAUCCUGCGCUCCGAGUACUCCAGUGGCUUGGAGGCCGUGGUCACCGGGCAGGACAGACACAGAGGGAGGAGAGCCGGCAGCCUCGGCCGUGGGAAACAGAAGCGCUCUCCAUGAAAGCGGAGCCCGGGAGGGCCUGGGCUGGCAGGGGCGUCCUCUGGAGCCCCCUGCAGGAUCGGGGCUCAGCGGCCUCUGACACUCUGAAUCCCCCGCGGCAGAGAUCCUGAUGGAAUCCUGGGGCAGCCCGGGCGUCACCUGCAUCCAGGUGAGGCGCCUGUGCGGCAGCCUGGACCAACCUGACCCGCCCUGCGGCCGGCGCUCCACCGUAGCCCUGUCCGUCCGUCCGUCAGCAAGGCUGGGGGGCGGCUUAGCAACUGGAGCUGAACCUGCACAUAGGGGGACGUCGAGUCAUCCCUUGCUCCGUACACAGGAGCUUUGUCGCGGAGAACCAAGGGAGUGUUGUGACCUGGGCCAGCGCAUCUGCCGUGGGGAGCACGUGCCCCUGCCACGUCCACGUCCACGGGAGCCUCUGAUUCCCCCGCGCCUCCGCUCUGUGCCCCCCACCGAACCCCAUCUGGUCUUGAGAGAGGUCUGGGGUCUUUGUGCUGUGAUCUGACCCCAGCUGCCCCGCUGCCAUUGUGUUUUCUGGGAGGUUUGAAAGGAGACCCCUGGAGAGCCUUGGUUCCCCAAUAAAUGUAAGAUUUGGACCCCAGCGGAAAAGGAGCCUUGCCCCCAUGCAGCCCUCCAGGGUUAGAGAUUAAGGCUCUGCUUGAGUAGCUUCCCCACCACCCCCAAGAGCACUCGGCCAGGCUGGGAGGUGGCAGUGAGGGCGUGUCCCUCCGCCCCCAGGGGGUGGGGCAGGGUGGGGCUGGGGCUGCUGGCUUCAGCUGGUGACGUUCAUAAUGCUGACACCUGAAGCCUGUGUCCAUGGACUUGGGGCGAACCUGCCGCCUUUCUCGUACUUUGCUGUGUAAUAGUAGCUCACACGAUGUGGGUGAGAGAAGGAGGCAUCAAACUUGAGAGAUAAAGCCCAGCUGUGUGACAAACAGGAUCGAUGCCAGUGAUUGGAGCCGAUCCAAGAGAGAGUUUCUCCCUGCCCCACCCUCACCGUGGCACAUUCCACGUUCCUGGAGGGAGCAGUGCUGGAACCCGGCCAAGCGGAAGUGGCUCCAGUUCUGAGCCUGGAACCCACACACCCACGGCGAGGGUCCCUGGCCGUAGACCCUGUGAGCCUGCUGCUCAGUGACAGCAGUAUUCUGCACCAGGUAAUAAAGAAACGUGAGUUUAGCAGAUUCUGGGUGAGAUUAUCUAAACUUAAAUAACCGUAAAAUAAACCGCUCUCCUGUUACAGCUCUUGACAGAUCACACAUCUCAGACAUCAGGCAAAGCGUUAGCCCAAUUCCACCGCACACAUUCUAAUUGUGUGUGUUUUUAACCAGGCUUCCUCUUCUUAGUCCCAAACUCGCCCAUUUCUGUUACCAUGAGCUUGGCUCUCUGCUGAAACCAGGGAGAGUCUGGACUGUAAUAAAUGGGCCGCUGAGCCACCUCCUCCUGCCCGCCCUGCGGAAGGGCCUUGGUUCUCACAAGCCCGCUGGGGGGCCGGGAUCCCUGGCCGCCAGUGACUGAGUCAGAGCUGAUGGCGGGCGAGCAGCACCGUCCACCCUGGGAGCAGCCGGGAGUAGCCGGAGCUCAGCCAAAGGCCUUUCCGCUACAGCCCAGUGGGUUCUUUGGAUUUUCACUUUCCCUCCGAGGUGAAAGGGAAACAGAUUUGGGGAAGAGUGGGGGUGGGGCCUCUGAAGAUGGGUGCACCCCAGACUGCCCUGCGGGUCAGCCCUGAGUCCUUGGAUGCCAUUAAAACCCAGCCACCGUGUCCUGAACGGCCCCCAGGGCCCUGCCCCCAUCCCUGCCUGCUUCCCAGGGCUGGUGGGUGGAGCCGCACUGCUUUAAACCUGGCUGCCCCUGCCCUUUGAGUGAGAGGUGCCUGGCCUGUUGAGCCUGGGGUCCUCACCACCACCCAUCUCUUAAAGGAGAACUCGCCCAGCCCCAGGGCUGAGAGCAGAGAGAGCAGUGUAGCCUUCCAAGUGGAUAGGAGCUGAGGGCCACCUCACCGCACAGGUUGUGGAGUUCCUACAGCCGGCGAGGCGUGUGCAGGACAAUUUAAAAUAUUGUAAUUAUCGACUUGUCGGGAAGCCUUGUUCUUCAUUAAUGUAAGAGACGGAGCCGCCUCGGGGUACAAGGACAAUUACAUAGUUGGGACUGUGUCUGGUUUACACUGGCGCUGUGUAAAUGUGAGGCCGCCCUCACGUCCACCAAAUGAAAAGCACACCAGUGCAAGUUGUCCUUUGAUAGAUUUUUAAUAUGAU